AUGCCUGCUGAAAACCUGCUCAAAGAGUUUUUCAUGGAUUCAGAUCCCAAUGGCUCACCAACUCAAAAUUCAGAUGCUGGAUAUGCUCCAACCUCCACAACUUCACAGAUUUGGGAUAUCAACCAAAGUUGGACUGGCACACCACUUCCUUCGAUUUCUAUAUUCUCGAGUUCUCCGAACAUGAGCAAUGCUCUAAACCAUUUGAUGGCUCAGAUGCCUGAACCUCUUCUCACUGUUUCUGGGGAAUUUUUCGACCCAAUUAGCAUUCAACAAAAUCAUGGGACAUCUUCUGGAUUCUGGGAUUCUAACCAAUUCCAAGAGCCAGUUGUUCAAAACUGGGAGGACUUUGGAGAUCCAGAUUUCUCAUAUCAGCUGGGCAACGUUCAAAGCGUGGGAGCGUUUGAAGUACCAGAUGACGUCACUUCUGACUCUCCGAAUUCUGGGAGUAUAAACGACAACCUGAGUCUUCUGGAUCCAACACCAAUGUCAACUGAGCAAGAGUUUCCAGGGAAACAAAAUUUAUUUUCCGCAAGCACACCGAUCUACAAGGAAUCCCUUAUUUCCAACUCAUCUGAUCCAGAACCAAUGUAUUCUGAAGGUCCAUUUCCAGUGAGUUCACAGAUCCAAGAACCUGAAAAUUCGCCAGAAGUGAAAAGACCCAAAAAACGAUGUCUUACCCCAAUCUAUUCCCUCAUCCUUGGGCCAACUCCCGACGUCCAAAACAUGACGGAACUAGUUAGUUACCGUUCUUUUCGAACCAAAUACCAUGCUCAUAUGAAAAUCGCACCACCUGUGAAAAUCGGAAGUCAGGAGUAUGACCAAAGAUACAAGGAAGCUUGUAAGAGAGCUGAAAAUUCUCCAGUCUAUCACGAUGAGAAAAUUGUUUGUCUGAGCUGCCUGUUCGAUCCCACUAGUCCGGAACCUAUUCCACAGGAAGUCGUCAAUCCAGUUGACGCAGCAAUGUGCUACAAGUUAUGGCGUGUGAACAACUAUUCGUCAAUGUGGUGUGCUAAUCUCUCCACCCUAUCACCAGGACACCUAGCUCCCAGUCUAGACCCUCUUGAGAUUCUCAAAAGACUUUCACCAAACAAAAUAGUGCCGAAGAAAGAAGAAAAGUACCUUCCUCCAGGAAAACCAUCUAUGUAUCCGCCAACCUCGAAGUUCCCAUCCUAUUAUUACAGUUCGAAACACUGGGCCGGACUUUUAGCACCAGCCGAAAAAGCCAUGUCGUUCUUGGGGCAACCAGAAAACCAAACUUCCACUGAUCUGACUCUAUCCCUACAUGAUCGGAUGCUUCCUCCCGAUGUUUCACAAAGAAAAUGCAAGAGGAUAUCCCCAAAUCUAGUUUUCCAGCUAGAACUAAAGCGAGCUAAACAAAAGGAAGCGAUUGUUAGGAACCGGUUGAUGCAAGGGGUUCCCCCUGGGACAUUUAAGGACGCUUAUGACCAUUACUAA